AUGAGUCUAAUUAGGGGAAGUAGCAAACAUUGCCUUGUUCCUACACGAUUCGGUUUUUACGAGCAAGGAAUAGGUAAACUUGCCGUCAAAAGGAUCGAGAACCAGACGACUCAUCAAGUCACGUUUUGCAAGCGCCGAGCUGGUCUUUUGAAGAAGGCACACGAGCUCUAUGUGCUAUGCGAUGCUCAGAUUGGCCUCAUCAUCUUCUCCAGCACCGGCAAGAUGUGCCAAUACUGUACUGAACCCUAUAGAAUGGAGCACAUCAUAGAAAGGUACCAGAAGGUCACUGGGACUCGCAUUCCUGAGCAUGACAAUCGGGUAUAUAUGUACAAUGAAUUGGUUGUGUUGAGGAAAGAAACCCGUAGUCUUGAACUAAGCAUGAGACGCUACACUGGUGAGGACAUGACCUCUAUUCCAUAUGAACAGCUAGUUCAUCUUGAACAGGAACUCGAACGCUCUGUCAACAAGGUCCGAGAUCGAAAGAAUGAGCUCUGGCAACAACAACUGGACAGGGCCGUCUUGUAA